UGUUCAGAACCGGGAAGACAGCCUCACAAUUCUCAUGUCAAAUCGAUAUCAGCUCGGGAGGAGCGCGCACGGGGAGCGCAACUAUCAUUCUACCAUCACCAUCACUCUCGCAUCUCCAGCCGCUAGCGGACCCGUCUUACGGGCAUUGGCGGGGGACCAUUGCCAAUAACACAAUUAACUUGUGUGGAACGUUUAGAAAACACGAGUCUGUGUUCUCGUGUUUGGAUUUAUUCACUUUUGGUGACUUUUUUUAAUGCCACGAAUGAGUAACCUUCCCAUGUCUAUGUCACUGUCCUCUUUUGGUUCCAUCUAUUAUGAGACGCAGUAUAAUAACUAGAGGGUGGAUCCAGUCGAUAACCAAACUCAGACAGCUCACCCGGCUCCGGUGCGGUGGCACCCCGGCUUUAGCCCACCCCGCUGCCAGAGUGUGGCCGGCUCCGCUAGAUGGACAGGGAGCUCGAAGGAUUGCCUCGUAGUCGGAAACCGGAUUCAGUGGAGUGAAGAAAAAGCAACACACAGCAAGCGUGCUAUCUCUGAUUCCUAAACAAUUUGAUUAUGCCAUCGGUUUUAUAGAUUUAGGGGCCGUCGCUGUGUGUGCAGUCAUGACAUUGACCCUCGUCCCAUAGAGCAUCCUGCUCAGAUCAAGACUGACCAGAAAGGAGAAGGACAGACAGGACAAGAAGGAUGAAGCUGUGGGGGAGGUCAGUUUGGCCUUUGCAGGUGGCCCUCCUUGUUGCCGUGGUGAUGUUCUGUGGUCGCCAGGUGUCUGCUGGCAGCCGUAACCAUCGGGGACAGACAGCCUCCUACCAGGUGAAGCAGGGGACGUGUGAGGUGGUGGCCAUCCACCGCUGCUGUAAUAAGAACAAGAUUGAGGAGCGCUCUCAGACCGUCAAGUGCUCCUGUUUCCCAGGCCAGGUCGCUGGCACAACCAGAGCCAGGCCAUCCUGUGUGGAAGCCUCCAUCGUGAUUCAGAAGUGGUGGUGUCAGAUGAACCCCUGCAUGGAGGGAGAGGAAUGUAAGGUGCUCCCUGACCUCACCGGCUGGUCCUGCAACACUGGAAACAAAGUCAAAACCACCAAGGUCACACGAUAGCAAGAGAAUCCCUGAGCAGCGACCAUCAAAAAGUCUCUCUACCGUUAACUCCAUAUGUAAAGAAAGGACGGCACUCAUUUCUGACACUUAGACUGCCGACUGACGGAAGACUGUAAGUCAUCUCAUAAUACCAAGCUGUGACAAAAACUACAGAACAUAUUUAAAAAAACACUCUCUGAUGGACCGAGACACCGAGAUACAGUGUCAAAUGUAAUGCCGAAAACUGCUAUGGACUAUAGACUUCAUAGAAACAAAGGGUGUAUACUUUUAUGGACGAUAAAGACUCCGUCUGAAUACUUUUGAGGAGCAUCUGAAGACUGUUUCGCCUGUUAAUAAACAAAUAGGGACAUCCAAAGAGGUGGUUUUGACCAGUGGCUGAGGAGGAAGUUUAAUCGAUGGCUGUUUUGACGAAGCAUUUGUGGAUGUGCCGGCACCAGAGCCGCAGACAGUGUGUCAGUGUGUGUUUCUAUGGCUCUUGGACUGGAUCCUGAACUACUCUGAUUAUAGAAUGGAGUGUCGCUGCUCUUAUCAGGAGGACUUUCUAUUCAUGAGGGGAGGAAUACAUCACUCGUGAAUCGCAAAUUAUCGUCAAAUUACUCGUGGGUCAACUCAUUACCAUGGAGAUAUUUCCAUUCAUUUAACAGUUCUAAUUAGGGUUGCUAAGAAGGAUCAUAACAACGUAUAAAACAUUUAAUGUAAGAUCUUUGCACUAGUAGAAGACCGUUUUAGGAAUGUUUUGUUUUUCUAGUUAUUUCUCGUCUUUUGCCGGUGAUGUCACAUUAAAUGAAAGAGAGGAAGAUAUUUUUUGAAGAGUUUUGCCUCUGAUGCUGUAGAGAUGACUCAGCCCUUCUCUCUGGUAUAGUUGCAGGUUAUUACAAGUUAUUCCAUGGCUCAGACUAAAGGUAUAGUUCCCUUUGAACAUAUUUAACUAUAUACUCCGAUUCAUUGAUAACAAGCAAGUAAUCUGGACAUCAUUUGGUCGGUCACUGACUCUCUAGAUCUACAGGUUACUUUCUAGUUUUCCAUAAAAGAAGGUAAAUGUGUCAUUUGUGGGAACUAAUCCUUUAAAGAGUAUUAAAUACUGCUUGUCACUAACUGUGGACUGUCUAGAAAGCUGAAAGUCGAUACCUGUGUGACAUCUCUUCUGUACACUGUAAAAUAGAGCGCCCAUAAACAAUUAAAACAUG